CGCUUUGCGGUAGUACGAGAGACUGCAUUGGCGACCAGCUUUGCAUCAACGGGCUCUGCCAGCCAACUUGCAAGAGCAAUUCCAGCUGCCCUGAGUACCAAUACUGUCACAAUAACAUUUGCGUACAGGAAUUGCGUUGUCUGUCAGACGACGAUUGUUCCUAUGACGAGAGAUGCGUCAAGAACAAUAUUGGCCAGGCGGAAUGUCGCAAGGCUUGCGACUUGAUUCUUUGUGGGCGGAACGCGGAGUGUAAGGCGGAUGACCAUGUUGCUCUUUGCUCGUGCAAGUCGACUUUCUUCGGAAAUCCAAAGGAUGACAAAAUCGGAUGCCAACCCAUUGAGUGCGAGACUAACGACGAUUGUAGUGGAGAGAAAGUCUGUGACACGCAUAAAUGCAGAAUUGCAUGUCUGGCCCACAAUCCUUGCGGCGUUAAUGCUAUUUGCACCGCGGAAAGACAUACUCAGAUCUGCACUUGUCAACCGGGCUACACUGGCGAACCGACUCACGGAUGUCAAUUGAUCGACUACUGCUUGAACGAACCCUGUGCCCCGGGUGCUGUUUGCGAGAAUUCCAGAGGCUCUUACAAAUGUCACUGUCAACAAGGCAUGGUUGGAGAUCCUUACAACAGCGGCUGUCAGCCACCGGUCGAAUGCUUGCACGAUGAGGACUGCCCAUUGACUGCCAAAUGCAUAAGUGUUAACAACGUGCCUAAGUGCUCAGAUGUUUGUUCACGCACGCAGUGCGGACCGAACGCGGACUGCACGGCCGCUAAUCAUGCUGCUGCCUGUCAAUGCCGAUCCGAUUAUGAGGGUGAUCCCAACAAUCUCAGUAUAGGCUGCCGACCCAAACCUGUCGUUUGUUCCUCAGCCACAGACUGUUCCACUAAUACCUAUUGUUACGAGGGCAUCUGUCGACCGUUCUGUCAAUCGAAUGAGGAAUGCAAUUUAUCAGACGUGUGUCUCAGUGGACAAUGCUUGGAUCCGUGCAGUGUGAGAGCCGCGUGCGGAAUGAACGCGGAAUGCGACGUGAGAAGUCACAUUAAACAGUGUAGCUGCCCGCCUGGGUUCACCGGAAACUCGGAGGUGGAGUGCGUUAGACUGCCAGUGUCCUGCAGAGACACGACCGACUGCAACGACGGAAACACCUGUCGAGACAACGUGUGCCUCCCGAUCUGCUCCAGCGACAACGAGUGCGCGUUCAACGAGAAAUGCGUCCGCGGCAACUGUCUACUGACUUGCAGACUCGACAACGACUGUUUCCUUGGCCACAUCUGUUUGAACAAUAUGUGCACGUUCGGUUGCCGCGCGGACGAAGACUGCAACGCGAACGAGGGUUGCAUCACGAACAAGUGCAUCAAUCCUUGCGAAGCCACCCCCUGCGGACCGAACGCCAAGUGUACUGUAGUUAACCAACGGGCCACUUGUUCGUGUCCCGCUGGUUUCAUACCGAACCCGACGGCCAAGGUCGCUUGUUUAAGAUCGCCAGGACCAGUGUGCCAAGCGAAUAGAGACUGUACAACAGGCACUGCUUGCAUCAGAGGAUUCUGCACACCUGUGUGCUCCACUGAUUUGAAUUGUCUGAGCAACGAGCGUUGUGAUCCUACGGGCGUCUGUAAGUCGCUGUGCAGGAGGGAUGAAGAUUGCAGGAGCGGCGAGAUUUGCGAGGGACUGGUUUGCGUGAUUGGUUGCAGAGCUGAUGUUGAGUGCCAAGAGAAUUCUGCUUGCUUAAAUAACCAGUGCCAAG